ACGACAACGAUGACAAAAUCGAAAUCGAAUUGAUCUUGAACGAUGGUCAACGCACAAAAAUACGCAUUGAACGAGAAAUUUGGUUGUACAUGGGUUUGUCGGGUGAUUUGCUUGGAACGCUAACGGUUUUCGAAGGAGCUAUCGUUAAAUUACAAUCCGACAACACAAUCGAAGUUGAAUUACCCUCGAACGAUGGUCAACGUAAUACAAUUCUCAUUGCACGGGACAUUUGGAUGCACAUGGUGUUGGCUUUGCCGAACGAUUUAUUGGGAUUGCCAACAUUCGAUGGUGUCGAGUUUCAGCAGCCCAAUGCAAUCGAAAAUAUUACUGCCGAUCGUAUUUCUGAAGAAAACGAAGAAGUCAACAACGACCACUACGACGGCGACGCCGAAGAAGAAAGUGACACUGACACGGAAGGUUCAAGCGAUGAUUCAUAUGGCCCAACUGAUUCCCCAAAUAAACGAGAUGCUGCUUUGUUUGCUCUCUACCACGGACAAUAACAAAAAA